CGAAACAACAUCCCUCAUCAAUCCUUAAUUGGAACUGUGGUUCGUUUCAAGCAAUGGUACAGUCCAGCGACACAUUGACUUAGAUCGUCACCGAAAAUGGAUCCCGAAGCAACCGGGAGCCUGGCCAAGCUCAGCAUUCAAGGCCACCACGCAAAGAAGCAUCUGAAGAUAUUGAUCCUUGGAGACUCCAUCACACACGGAGGAGAGGGCGACUACACAUGGCGAUACCGAUUGUGGCAAUGGUUCAAGCAAGAGAAACUGCUUUAUCCCGGCGAUCCCUUCAACACCGAAGCUGGCAGGCGUUCGAAGACACUAGUCUCUUUCGUGGGACCCUAUACUGGCGUGAAAGGCCCUGACCCGCCCAAUAUCCCGCAUCCCGCUCCUCUCCCAGGCGAAGAUGAUCCCUAUAACCAUCAUGCAGUCCACAUUGAUUGGGGCUAUGCGCCCGAUGUGAACCUGAAGUUCAAAGCUGGCUCACGUCACUUCGCGACAUGGGGCUAUCAGGCAUUUCAGUGCAAAGAUACCAUUGCCGAUGUGGUGUCAGACUGGCAGCCAGAUCUCAUCCUGAGUCUCCUAGGCUUCAAUGAUGUUGGUUGGUGGGUCUCAGAUGCGGACGGCACUUUGGAUAGCUUGCAUAAAAUCGUGGAGAGAACGCGAGCUGUGAAACCUGAUGUAGAUUUCGCCUUGGGGAAUAUUGUCAAUCGGACGUAUAUGGAAGGGAGAGAGGAUUUGUUGGAAAAUACGAAACGCUUCAAUGACCUGCUUCCAGUCAAGGCAAAGGAGUGGUCGAAGAAGAAUAGUCGAGUGGUGGCAGUGAAUGUUGCGAAGCAUUAUGAUUGUGGGCCUCAGUAUCGAGACUGGGCGCCUGCGGCCUAUGAUGGACUACACCCGAGUGCACUGGGAGAGUUUCAGAUUGCUCAGGCGUUUUCAGAGGCUCUGCAUAACGACUUUGGACUGGGAGAGAAGACGUUGAAAGUCCCGAAGGAUGUGCCCAAGCGCGAUCUCCGCGAUCCGAAGGACAUCGUCUCGAAGAGUACACCGAUGGGCAUUAAUGUCACCUGGCAGGAAGUUUUUGGCGCUGCAUACGAGAUUCGCCAUCGUGAUCUGCGCCCCGAGAGAAAUUCCUAUGAAGAAGAAUCAAACGACUCCUGGAAUAUCAUACAUUCCAACUCCCCUCGAAUCGACAUCGAAACAUCCAAGGACUCACGCCUCGAAUUGCAAAUCCGGUGCACUCACGGCUUCGAACAUGGUCCUUGGUCCCGUGUCUGCACAUGCUCCUGCACACAUACCCCCAUCCCCGCUCCAACUCACAUCAAGACUCGGCCAAUUCGUGGCGGUUUCGGGAUAUCUUGGACGUCUCCGGAGACAGAACGCGUGAUCAGUCGAUAUGAAGUCUUGUACAAAGAUGAUGAUCGUGGUGAUGCGUUUCCUUCUUUACAAGGCUCGCUUGGUACCAAGAGUGAAAUCAAAGGCUUGCCGGAAGGGGAUGUGAUUCAAUGGAUCAUGGUGAGAGGAUGGUGUUUAAGGACUAAGCAUGGAGAGUGGGUUGAUGAGACGGGCAUUGGACUUGAUGUGACGAAGGACGCAGAGUGGGUGCAUGGAGAAUGGGGCCACGGCAGAGCUGUUCGAGUUGGUGCUGCUGAUGACGAUGACGGGGGAAUUACAGCAGGGUAUGACCAACCGUUGUCGUUGGCGAGGCCACUGAAUUUGAGAAUCGAAGGACCCGUUGAAGGCAAUACCGUAAAUCUUGCUUGGGAUUAUGAACACAGUUCAUCUGCGAAGAGUAUCGCUGGUUUCCUGGUCUACGUCCGGGCAUUGACGAACAUAGACCAUGUCGCUGAGACAGACGGGCGUGUUUGGCGGGAUAAGAAAGCAGAUGUGUUCUGCAUCGGAGGGAAGUGGAACUAUGAGUUCAGCAUUAGUGCCGUAAAUGGGGAUUGGGAAAGUGAAAGAUCCGGAGGCAUAAUUCCCGAGAGGGAGUAGGCUGAGGGCAGUCAUAAAGAAAAGUGAGUUGGACCAGAAGAGUAGAGGUUUGAUUUGUGGGUGCAGUCUUGGUCGCAUGCCCAGAGAUGCCCAAAACUGGAAUGAGAAAUAAAUAAAAGCCCACUCUUGAUGAGAUUAUUCUUGUAAGAACGAUGAACUGUCCAUAAAUGGAGCACUCAAUGUGCAAGUCACAGACUAUCUGUGAUCGCUUUCUGAGACCUAUUCGCUGUACUCGCACGCGAGGAGCCCUCCAUCCCCGCGAUGAUGGUUACAACUGUUGCGCGCAACUUUGGGUCA